GACUUCGGUGAUACACUACACGAUAAUCUUAUUCAAUAGGCCACUGAUAAGACACGAUUAGGUAGUACCAGCACACUGCGUGUAGACAUGGUCUGGAUACAGAUGUAAUUUAAAUUGAGUCAUUGAUAACUGCAUAUAUUUUGUAAUAUUUAUAGUCAACAACAAUGGCGGAACAAAUACCAGAUAAAGUGCUGAAUGUACCGACUCCAUGUUUCCUUGUGGAUUUGGACAAGCUGACGAGAAACGCAAAGGUGAUGCAAAGUAGGUGUGACAAACUUGGAGUCCAACUUCGACCACACACAAAGACUCAUAAAACAGUUGAGGCUGCAGAUAUCCUUAGUGCCGGGCGGAGGAGAUGCGUUACAGUGUCUACUUUGGCCGAGGCUGAGUUGUAUGCUGAAAGUGGAUACGAUGACAUUCUUUACGCCUUUCCUAUAACAACCAACAAAAUAGCAAGAUGCCGAAAACUAAACGACAAGCUCGGCGCAUUCCAUGUGAUGCUAGAUAGCAAGGCCGGAUAUCAAGCUCUGGAAUCUUCGGGAACCAAGAAAUUAUGGAGUGUGUACCUUGAAAUCGAUGUCAUGUAUAACAGAACUGGUGUUUCAUGGAAAAGUGAUGAUGUUGUUGAAUUAGCAACUCUAAUAUCGGGAAGUGAUGUCAUGACAUUUCGAGGUCUUUAUUGCCACAACGGUGAUACGUACCAUAAUAAGGGUGGCGAGGAAAUAAGAACGUCAGGGAAAGAAAGUACAGCAGUACUCAUGGAGGUAAAACAAAGUGGUUAUAUGUUUCCUAAAAGAAAAGAAAGUGAAAACGCCAUUAGAACCAUCACUUGCUUUUGCAUCAUGGCAUUCCUUGCGGUGUUGUUUGUAUGGGGAUCCACGCCUAGCUGUUCCCAUCCGGAUGAUUCUAUGUCUUCACUGGAAGAGUUUUCCCCGGGCAAUUACGUAUUUUAUGAUCUCAUGCAAAAAGACAUAGGUUCAUGUAAAAUGGAGGACAUCGCUGGACGCGUUGCAACCAGGAUUAUCGGCCACAAAAUUGACCUAAACAUUUUGAUUAUUGACUGCGGGUUCCUCGCCUUAAGUAAAGACGGAAUGGAAAACAAUUUGCCAAACGGUCCUUGGAUUAUUCAAGACAAUCCUAACCUCCGACUUGUUGGUAUGAGUCAGGAGCUCGGAAAAGUAACCGCAAUAGAGGGGGAAAUCAAUUUCGCCAGUCACCCGAUCGGAUCGAUGAUGUUCAUCUACCCUUAUCACUCUUGUGCUACUGCUGCUAUGCACUCGGUCUAUUUCGUCCAUUCGGGAGACAGCAUAACGUCUGUGUGGAGGCCAACGCGUGGAUGGUGACAUUUUAAUCAUAAGUGUAUAAUGAAAACAUAUUUUUGUCUUAAACAACAAGUUUUCGUCAUCAUCAACAAACAUCUCAAGAUCUGUUAGUGCAGAAACGUUUAUUUCAUAAUAAUAAUGUUGAAACACAUCAAUUUGAACAUUUUAUUUCCGAAAAGCUGUAACAGCAGCGCCAUCAAACAGGUUUUUUGGAAUGUUUAUUUACCUGAUUUAAUUGAUAUGAUUCCAUAAAUAAAGCAUGUAAGACAU